GGGAGCUAGGGGGGUGGAAGAGGAGAGGGAGGGGCGAAGAGCUGAUAAGGCUAUUGAACAGCUAAUUGUAGACCAUUUGACAGCUGCUCAGGGCGAUGACUUAGAGGAAAGGGAUGAGGAGGAUAAAAGCACAAGGUCAGAGGAGGAUCAAGGGUGGUCUGUGGAGGAUGUGGUACCUGAUAGUGUAAGGGAGAAGGAAGGGAAGGAAGAAGAUGAGGUGCAGGAGGAGGGAAAUGACUUAGGAAGCUUCUUAAACAAGGCCAGAUCGAGUUCCACCUCACAUGGAGAGGAUCCCUCUCUGCAGCGCAAAAUAAGAGGCUAUUUCCAAAACAUUGACUUGGGUCUCCAAGAUAAUGAGAUCCUGCCUCCUCUGAAGGGCUACAAGGCGUACAACACUCAGCUAGCACGAGCCGGGAAGAAGCUGCACUGGCAGGAGAACCGGUCGGGCAACCGACCCAUCAAGGGGGGCAACUUCAUGGAUGACUUUGAGGAUGAAGGUGAGGAGCUGGAGGAGGAGGUUGAGGAAGAAGAAGAGAGCCUCUCCCACAUGGAAGAAGAGGCGAGAGCGCGUGCAGAGAAACAGGAGGUGCUCCGGCAGCAGGAGGAGGCGGAGCGAGCCAGAGAGGAGGAGCAGAGGCUUGCAGACAUCGCCUCUGACAUGCUGCUGCAGUACAUGGGGAGGAAGCAGCAGUCCUACAUGAAGCCCCGGCAGAAAAGCAGCAUGGGGGCUGCCGGCAACACCGCCGAGGACAAGCGCUCAGAGGAGGUUCUUCCCGAUGAAGAUGACCUGGACCAGCAGAUGAUCGACAGGCUAAUUGAGAUCAGCAGCAAGCUGCACCUGCCUGCUGACGAUGUGAUUGAGAUUAUUAGUGACGUGGAGGAGAAGAAGAAGAAAAGGAAAGAGUUGCAACAGCAGCCAACCAACAGCAACCCUGUUGUCCCACGCUUCAGGCCUCUGGUACCUCCUCCUCUGGCUGCUCCGCCUAUCUACCACUACACAGCCUCAAAAAACCCCAAGAAAGCCCCUUAUAAAUACAACAAGUCCAACAAGAAAUGGCACAAGGACAAAGUUAAGUCAUUCAAGCAGGACUAUUGGUACAAGCCUCAGAAGCAACUUGACUACUGGUAUAAACCCCAGAAACAGUUUUUAGCCUUCCCCUCCUAUCCAUACUACCAGAAGCCAUAUCGAGCAUACUACCCUGUUUAUUUCCCAUAUCCCAAACCACAAUAUUAUGGCAAGCCCUCCCCCUCCAGAGACCAGCCGUUUGGCACCCAGGAACUUGACCUCCAGGCCCCAAGGCGCAGGCACAGGGCUGGGGGUAAGAACCGUGGACAGGGCUGGAGGCAGCAGCCAGCCCCACGGCUGCCUCUCACCCCUUAUAUCUCUAACUAUAUCCUUCCUCACCCACGGACCUACCAACCCCUACCUCCGCCCAAACCAAUAACCACACCCAGGAGAGGCAGGCGACCCCCGUACUACUAUCCACAAGUCACACCGGGAGAUGACUAUGAGGAAGAUGGGCUGGUGCCUCAGCUGGACAGUGAGGAGGAACUGGAAAACUUUAUUGAAAGGAUCUACAUGAAACGCAGAAUGUAUUGAGAGACUUUUUGGACACUUGUCAGAUCAGAAGGACUGACAGAGGUGUGAUAGAUAUACAGUAGCUGGAAAAAAGCUAAAAGAGAGGUGAAAAAAAGACAAAGAGGAGAUAUGUGUUAUGAGCCUGAUGGAAAUGUAAGGUCAAGAAGUAAAGUUAGAUUUAAGUUGUUGUUUUAAUCACUGUACUUUUGUUGAUUUUCUCAGUCAGGGAGAAGAUGAAGGGGUCCCAGUUUAAGCUCCCUGUUACCAUGUUCAGCCUCUUGCUCAGUUUACAUUUUGAAACAGAACAUACCAUGGUGUAUGUCUGCCUCCAUUCAGGUCAAUCUCUGAUGCUAUUGCAUUAGAGUUUUCUAGAGGACACACACACACAGACACACACGUGCGCGCGCACACACACACACACACACACACACACACAGGCACACAUGUACAUCAACACACCUACAUAUAUUCACAUUUAUGACACAUUCACAAGCAGGUGUGCCCAUUGUAAGAGAACCAUGUUUACAACAUCACUUUGUAUCUUUUGUUUUAUAUUCUGUAUGUCCUAUUACAAAACUAAAGUAGUUCAGCGACUUCUUAGCUACACAAAUAUAAAAAACUGAACACUGCUAUUGUCAAAUGAUGACAGCAUAUUUUUGUUGUAUUUGAUGUGUGUAGUUGCCUUUGUUAUUCUCGAUUGGAUCAACUUUAAACAGCUGCAAUUUGCAAAGGUGCCAAAUACACACAUUUCAGUUUUUUCAAACUCAAGAUUCAGAUUUUUGCCUUACAAGCACCAUGGUUCUAUAAAGGGAAAUAUCAUAUUGCAUAAUAUUGUCAUCUCAACCAGGUCCCAAUGUAGAAACCCUGUGGACUCCAAAAGCACAAACUUAAACACUAAACACUUCCAACCUGGUGGACGAAGGGUUUUCAAUCAUUCUGGGAUCCAGAAGUUAUUGUGUCAACAUAUUUAUGGAAGAUCCACCUUAAUCACCGUCACCACCACCAUAUUCCUUGUCCUUCAUAUUUUCUUUCAUUGUUCAUCUCCAAGUCACAUCUUCACUCACCUAUUGUUUGUGUUUUUUUUCCACACACACAUCACAUCCAUUAACUCUCUUUAUCCUUUCUUUCCAAAAAAUACUUGAAAUCACACUAUCUGUUCUGCAGCCUUCUUGAACAGAUUUCCACAGAGAGGCUGCAAACAUUUUGUUCAUUUUCAGAGGAAAUUCAUUGAAAAGUUUCAGGCCGGGGAGUCAGGGAAUGUGCUUAAACCGUUAAAUGCACGUCUUUCUACUUGCAUCUUAAAAAAUGAACAAAAAAAAAGAACAAAAAAAGAGAAAAAAUAAAACAGUAUGGGGAAUUCAAGAUGGUUGUUUUCUCUGAAUAAACUGUGAACAUAAAAAAAAGAAAUCUCAAAGGAAGAGGGCCACUGUGUCAACAGUGAAGCCAUCUGUCUUGUAAAAGGAGAGUGUUGUUGUUGAUGUCACCUUUAGCAUUGUAAGAUGUACAGUGUGAAAUAAAUA